AUGGGCGGAUCAUUCUAUAUCCAACAAAGCGAAUCUGUCUUAGUUCGUAUUUGCAUAUUCUUUUCAUAUGCUCAACAUGGAUGCGGAUAUUAUAUUCAAACAGUUGAAUAUUCUACCAACAAAAAUUAUGCAUUUGAAUGUUCAGUUUCAGAAUGCAAUGGUUUUGAUGCUUCUAUUUAUCAUCAAUAUGGAGAAAUCAAAGUAAGUAAUAUGAACACAUCUUAUAACAGAAUUAAUAUGCAUGCUGCAUAUGUAAUCGACACUCAACUUGGAAGCGUGAAUUUUACCACAGUUUCAAAUUCAUCAUCUUCACAUUUGGAUCUAACAUAUAGUGAAAGCUAUAUUAUUUUUACAAAAUGCAAUCAUUUAAACAAUGAAUAUACAGGAAUCGAAAAUGCAAUAUUUUAUUGCUGGGGUACUAUUAGAUAUUUAAAUUGUUCAUUUAUAAGAAAUGUAGGAAAUUAUCUAUUUUUUAGUAAACCAGACAUUACACAUUGUUACUUUGAUAAAAACGAGUUUACUCGAACUGUAAAUCAAGUUUAUACAGGUUCUUUUGAUUCAAUCGAACCGUUAAAUUCAUUUAUAUCUCAUUAUGCAGUUGAAGGAUGUCCUCGUGCAUAUAAUUAUAAUAAUAAUUCAUAUAAUGAUGAUGAGGACGAAUUAGAUCUCGAAGACAUCAAAAAUAUUUUAAGCAGUGUUUACAACACCUCAUUUUUUGAAGCAGUAAAUUUACUUUAA